AUGGAAAGCAUCACAGACGUUUACCCUGAGUAUAGCCAGACUUCACGGCUAGAUGAAGUGCGGGCGACCGAAUAUGGCUACCUCGACGAGCAGGGCCACCUCUACCUUGACUUCACCGGCGCUGGGCUGGCUGCGAAGUCCCAAGUUCGAGCACACGAGAAACGACUAGGGCAAACACUCUUCGGCAAUCCUCACUCAACGAAUCCUACAAGCCAGUCUGCCACGCGACUGAUCGAAGAAGCUAGAGCUCGAGUGUUGGACUACCUCAACGCUUCGUCCAAAGAAUACACAGCCAUCUUCACCCCCAAUGCGACCGGUGCCGCGCGUCUCGUCGCAGAAUCAUACCCAUUCAAGAGAGGAACAAAGCUGGUGUUGACGUCCGACAACCACAACUCCGUCAACGGCCUCCGAGAAUACGCCGGCCGAAACCACGCGCGAACGGUCUACGUGCCGGUCCGAGCCCCGGAGCUGCGGGUCGACCCAUCGGACCUCAUGUUAGCACUCAGCUGUCGCAAGGGAGGCUUGUUCUCCUGUGGAUCGGCACGCACGCGGCGCAGUGGCUUGUUUGCCUAUCCAGCCCAGAGCAACUUCAGUGGCGUUCGACACCCGCUCUCCUGGGUUCAGGUCGCACAGGAACAGGGAUAUGACGUACUACUGGAUGCCGCGGCGUAUUUGCCGACGUCCCGACUCAAUCUAUCAGAUACUGGCGUCAAGCCAGAGUUUGUGAUUGUCAGCUGGUACAAGCUGUUUGGGUACCCCACCGGCGUUGGCUGUCUCGUCGUCCGACGCGAUGCAUUGGCUCGGCUGGCCAACUCGCGGCCUUGGUUUUCCGGCGGCACAAUCACCGCUGCUACUGUUGGUGUUCCUUGGCACACCAUUGCCCCUGACGAAGCAGGCUUUGAGGACGGUACCCUAAACUUCUUAUCGAUACCUGACGUUCAGGUUGGCCUGGAUUGGUUGGAUGAUAUUGGGAUGUUUCUCAUCGACACAAGGGUCAGGUGCCUGACUGGAUGGUGCCUUGAUCGGCUGCAGAGGAUGGAGCACGGCGACGGUUCACCAAUGGCUAGGAUAUAUGGGCCAACAAACAUGGAAUUCAGAGGAGGCACCAUCUGCUUUAAUUUCCUCGACAUCUCCGGAAAAGUGGUUGAUGAAAGACUCGUAGCAAAGGAGUCUGCAGCAGAGAAGAUUUCACUUAGAACGGGAUGCUUCUGCAAUCCAGGGGCGGGUGAGGCGGCGUUUGGUCUGGAAAAGGCAGCUUUGGUGUCCCUCAGCAAGGUUUACAGCAAGUCGUGGGACACAUACAUACGGAUGAUCGCCCCUGUUGGUGCUGUCAGGAUCUCGUUUGGCUUCAUGUCAACCGCUGCGGACGUGGAGCGUUUCAUUGUUUUUGCCCAAAGUACUUACCGCGAUAGGCUUACAAGCACUGAAGGUCUUCCACCACACGAACAUUGUUGA